AUCAGCUAGAGACGCUGGUUCAUCGGCUCAGAGUCGUCGUGCCCAUCAUCAGUUACGAGCUUCAACUUUCUACUGAUCGGCGAAGCAGGGAGUUAUGGAAGCUAAUUCGUCUCCGUUUAAGAUAAUUUUGGGAUCAUCUUCAGUGGCGCGUAGGAAAAUAUUAUCUGAGAUGGGUUAUGAAUUCACCAUUAUGACUGCAGAUAUUGAUGAGAAAGCCAUACGCAAAGAAAAGCCUGAAGAGUUGGUUGUGGCUCUUGCAGAAGCAAAGGCUGAUGCCAUCAUAUCAAAUUUACAUAAAAUUCAUACACAUGAAAAGGAAGCAGAACCAACAAUUUUGAUUGCUGCUGACACAGCAGAAGCUAUCUUAGGAAGACUCUCCAUUGAUGAUUAUAUCAAGGACGCACAGCCAACACUUUUGAUUACUUCUGAUCAAGUGGUGAUAUAUGAAGGUGUCAUCAGAGAAAAACCAGACAGCAAAGAGGAAGCACGGCAAUUUAUGAAAGAUUAUUCAGGAGGCCAUGCUGCCACUCUUGGAUCCGUACUUGUUACAAACCUUAAAACAGGAUUUAGGAAAGGGGAAUGGGAUCAAGUAGAGAUCUAUUUCCAUGAAAUACCCGAUGAAGUCAUCGACAAGCUGGUCGAGGAGGGGAUUGUGCUCAAUGUUGCCGGAGGGCUAAUAAUCGAGCAUCCUUUGAUCAUACCCUAUGUUAAAGAAGUGGUGGGGACGACGGAUAGUGUGAUGGGACUUCCCAAGGCUCUGACUGAGAAACUUUUGAAGGAAGCUAUUUAGGGGAUUAUAUAACACAUCAUAUUUCACUUUUGACUUAUUUUCUGAUCAAAAUCUCUUUCCUGUCCACCAGGGAACAGACGGCCUGCCAUUAACAUGGCAAUCAAUUAUUCUGGCUUCUUAUGAACUAGGGUAACAAUCAGCUAUUAUUUGUGCUAAUAUUAUUAUCUUUAAGUUUAAAACUUAAGAACUUGUUUGCAGAUUCUAUUUUGAACUUGGUCUCACAGUUGAGACAAUAUGGUUGUCACUCUAUAUACUAGGAGAUUAAACAGUAAAAAGUAUUAUUUAAUUUUAGAGUUCCAUUAACCGUCGAUAAUUGAAAAA